AUGUCGCCGCCGCGGCUACACUUCCUCGUGCUCACGUACCCGCUCCAGGGCCACAUCGCCCCGGCUCUCCGCCUCGCCAGGAGGCUGCUGGCGGCCUCGCCCGACGCGCUCGUCACUUUCUCCACCACCGAGGUCGCGCACAGGCGCAUGUUCCCUGCCAAGCCCGACGACGACGGCGCCAAGGACUCCGACGAAGACGACGGACGCCUCGAGUUCCUCCCGUUCUCCGACGGCACGGAGGCCGGGUGGAGCACCCACCCGGGCUCCUUCAACGCCUACAUGGCGUCCUUCCACGCCGCGGGCGCGCGCAGCUUCGGGCAGCUCGUGGACGCGCUCGUGGCGCGGGGCCGCCCGGUCUCCCGCGUCGUGUACACGCUCAUGCUCCCGUGGGCGGCCGACGUCGCGCGGGAGCGAGGCAUCGCGUCCGCGCUCUACUGGAUCCAGCCGGUCGCCGUGUUCGCCAUCUACCACCACUACUUCCACGGCCACGCCGGCGUCGUCGCCGCGCACCGACACGACCCGUCGUUCGUCGUGGAGCUGCCGGGCCUGGCGCCGCAGACGGUCGCCGACCUCCCGUCCUUCCUCACCGACUCCACCGACCCUUCCGAUUUCUUCCACAGCAUCUUCACCACGAUCCGCGACCUGAUUGAGACGCUUGACAAGGAAAGCCCCAAGUCCACCGUCCUCGUCAACACGUGCCAAGAGCUCGAGGUGGGCGCGCUCGCAGCCGUGGGGGCACAGGCACACGACGUGCUCCCCAUCGGCCCGGUGCUCCCGUCUGGGGAUGACGACGACGCCAGCAUCUUCGAGCAGGACGACGACGCCAAGUACAUGGAGUGGCUCGAUGCCAAGCCGGCGAAUUCCGUGGUGUACGUCUCCUUCGGCAGCCUGACCACCAUGGCGAGGGAGCAUCUCGACGAGCUGCUCCGGGGCCUUGAGGAGAGCGGCAGGCCGUACAUCUGCGUCGUCAGGAAGGACAACAAGGCCGCACUCGCGGAUGAUGCCGAGGCAAAGGUAGACGAGGAUGAGCUCGAGAACGGCAUCGUGGUGGAGUGGUGCGACCAGGUGCGGGUGCUGUCGCAUGCGGCGGUCGGGUGCUUCGUGACGCACUGCGGCUGGAACUCGGUGCUGGAGAGCGUGGUGGCGGGGGUGCCCAUGGUGUGCGUGCCCCGGAUGUCGGACCAGCGCACCAACGCUCAGCUCGUCGUGCGCGAGUGGCGCGUCGGCGUGCGCGCGCAGGUGGACGAUGGUGGCGUCCUGCGAGCGCCGGAGGUGCGGCGGUGCAUCGAUGAGGUGAUGGCGAAUCUGGAGGCCGCCGCGGAGGUGCGACGCAUGGCGGCUGAGUGGAAGCAGGUAGUGACAAAGGCCAUGGGAAAAGGAGGGUCGUCGGAUCGUAAUCUCAUGGCGUUCGCGGAUGGCGCGAGGAGCGCCGUUUGA